CAUCCCAACCGGCUUCCCCGCCCCAACUGGUGGGAGCUGGCAGUCAGCCCUCCAGCCCCCUUUUCUCUACACGUCCCGGAAGACAGGGGCCAACAUGGAUCUUCCUGCCGACAUCAGCUGAGCCUGGAAGCCUCACCCCUUGGGAGACCAUGGAAAGGGACAGCCGGCAGAAUGCUUCCCCGGCAAGGACGUCUCCAGCCCAGGCGUCUCCAGCCUGGGGGUCCCCAGCCCAUGCGUCCCCGGCCCGGGCAUCACCUUCCAGGUCAUCAUCUGGCAGGUCAUCAUCUGCCGGGUCGCCCUCCACAACAUCCUCUCCGACAAGAGCAUGCCUUUUUAAAGCAACACCAGUGGGGGCUGUACCUGUCCGGGCAUCUCCUGCCAGGUCAGCACCCGCCGCCAGGGCCACUGGGGAGAACCCAGGUAUCAGCUUUCACAAGUUCACCUGGCAGGAGGGCCAGAAACGGCUGCCGCUCAUCGGAUGUAUCCUCCUCCUCAUUGUCCUCGUGGCGUCGCUCAUCCUUCUAUAUGGGGGACGAGAGCCCCAGAGUCCAAGAGGGAUUGCAGUCUACUUCUGGCGGGGCCACACAGGGAUCAAGUACAAGGAGCCAGAAGAGAGCUGCCCCAAGCACUCGGUGCGCUGUGAUGGGGUGGUGGACUGCAAGCUGAAGAGCGACGAGCUGGGCUGUGUGAGGUUCGACUGGGACAAGUCUCUGCUGAAAGUCUACUCUGGGUCCUCCCAUCGGUGGCUUCCCGUCUGCAGCGAUAGCUGGAAUGACUCCUACUCGACGAAGACCUGCCGGCAGCUGGGUUUCGAGAGUGCUUACUGGACAACCGAGGUGGGCCACAGGGAUUUUGCCAGCAGCUUCUCAGUCUCCAAAUACAAUUCCACCAUCCAGGAAAGCCUCUACAGGUCUGAAUGCCCUUCCCAGCGGUAUGUCUCUCUCCAGUGUGCCCACUGUGGACUGAGGGCCAUGACCGGGCGGAUCGUGGGAGGGGCGCUGGCCCCAGAGAGCAAGUGGCCCUGGCAAGUUAGUCUGCACUAUGGCACCACCCACGUUUGUGGGGGAACACUGAUCGACGCCCAGUGGGUGCUCACGGCUGCCCACUGCUUCUUUGUGACCCGGGAGAAGAUCCUGGAGGGCUGGAAGGUGUAUGUGGGCACCAAUAACCUGCACCAGCUGCCUGAGGCAGCCUCUAUCUCCCAGAUCAUCAUCAAUGGCAACUACACAGACGAGCAGGACGACUAUGACAUCGCCCUCAUGCGGCUCUCCAAGCCCCUGACCCUGUCUGCUCAUGUCCACCCUGCCUGCCUCCCCAUGCAUGGACAGACCUUCAGCCUCAACGAGACCUGCUGGAUCACAGGCUUUGGCAAGACCAAGGAGACAGAUGAGAAGACAUCCCCUUUCCUCCGUGAGGUGCAGGUCGGCCUCAUCGACUUCAAGAAGUGCAACGACUACUUGAUCUAUGACAGUUACCUUACCCCGAGGAUGAUGUGUGCUGGGGACCUUCGAGGAGGCAGAGACUCCUGCCAGGGAGACAGCGGGGGGCCCCUGGUCUGCGAGCAGAACAACCGCUGGUACCUGGCGGGAGUCACCAGCUGGGGCACGGGCUGUGGCCAGAGAAACAAACCCGGUGUUUACACCAAAGUGACAGAAGUCCUUCCCUGGAUAUACAGCAAGAUGGAGAAUGAGGUGCGCUUCCGGAAAUCCUAAGCAGCUGUCCUACUCUUCCACUCAGCUCUGGCUGCUGGAAAGACUCUGCCAAAGUGACUGGGCCAUUGGCAACAUCAUCUGGGCUAAAGGCCACCAGACACCUUUGUUACUGCCACCUCCACUGUCUGCUGCUUCUGUGAAUAUGCGUGUGUGUGUGUGUGUGUGUGUGUGUGUGUGCUGCUGUUCUCCCAAGGUCUUAAGAAACCAGGAGAACUGUUAGCUCUUCCCAAAGCCCAGGCUGGAAAUCACCUGGAGAUAACAGUCUGGGCACCACGGAGGUCCCUACAGGAGUGUCCGUGAUGGAUGGAGGAGGCAGAGCCCAGGCAAGGGCCUGAAGCUCACCUGGGAAUUCCUGCUCCUCUGACCUGGACUUGGAAACUAGCCCAGAAUGGGCAGCCACCUGGCAGCCCAGGUGACACCACUGCUGUCCAGGGAUGAUAGCACUUUUCACUGGGGUGCCUGGACUAUCUCUAGCGGGAAGAUGUUCUGUGGGCAUUGCGAGCAUCCCGCUGUCUCUCAGGCCUCCCGCGGGUGCCGUGGAUGUGGAGAGCGGCCGCGCCGCAGCUGUCCGUGCUGCCAGCUGUGACCAGGCCUCACUGUUCUUGUUUGGUCACAGGCUGGUGGGGGCGGAUUUCCUUUUAUUUUAUUUUUAUAUUGAGGAAAUGGAAGUAGAUGUAUUUUUAAAGAUUCUCCAGAAUUCCAGGAGCGAGGAGAACUAGCAUCAAGUCCCACAAGAACUCCAAGGGACUUAUGGAGGUUGCGUCGCUCGAGCGUCCUGCAGAAUGUCCUGGUCUCAAGGGACCAGAUAAAGGGGCCCCUUUGAGAUACUCAGGGAAGUGAAUCCUCACUGGGGCCGGUGGGCAAACUCAAAGAGAACCACCGCUGUUGCUGCAUCCAAGGGUUCCGAGCAGAGCAUGAAGAAGUCUGUGGGCCCCGGAGCCUGGGAAAAUUCAGGCAGACACGCAUCCUCAUACCCAGCGCUGUCCUGGGACCUGGGAGUUUCUUCUCAGCUUCCUCCACCUUCCAAUUUCUCAGUUGUUCUAGAAACAUAGCACUGACGUGAAAACUGCCAUGGAGAGAAAGCUGCCACUGUCCCCAGGCCUUCCAAACAGGCUUUCUGAAGGAUCCGAGUUGCCCUGCUCCUGCAAGCCAUCUGUGUGCCUGGCCUCCAUGCCAGCUGAAGGCCCGGACCUCCCCCAGGGGCAUCCGUUCCUCCCUCAGUACCAUCAUCCUCACCUUCCCUGGGCCUGUCUGAUGAUGCCAUGACUCCCAGAGGCAGGGUCCACGCAGAUCAGCCCAGCCCAGCCCAGGCAGGCAGCUACUCAGUAGGAGAAUUGCCCUGGAGGAGCAGGCUGGAGUUGGCUAGCGUGGCUGGGCAGAGUCUGGGGGGUCUGGCUACAUGUUAUCAAGGCUGGGGGUCGGGGAGGGCAACAUGCAUGUCCACAGCAGCCCCCAGCAACGGUCUUUAGCAAUUAAAGUUGUG